AUGGCUGCAGCGCCACAAUCAACAGAUGUGGAACAGGAAGCCACGUGCCCCAUUUGCCUGGAGUAUCUGACAGCCCCUGUGACUCUGGACUGCGGCCACAACUACUGUCUGGGCUGCAUCACAAACUACUGUGAGACAUGGGAAGAACAGGGCGGGGACUUGGAGUGUCCUGUCUGCAGAGUCCCAAUCCAGAAAGGGAACUUCCGGCACAAUUGGCAGCUGGCAAAUAUAGUAGAGCAAAUUAAACUUCUGCCAUUACAUCUAGAAAAAGAGAGCCUGUGUGAGAGACACAAGGAAAAACUCCAUCUGUUCUGCAAAGAAGAUGAAGUUCUGGUGUGCUGGAAGUGCAAGGGCUCCCCAGAACAUAAAUCACACACUGUUCUUCUGAAGGAAGAGGCUGCCCAGGAAUACAAGGAUCUGAUCCGUCGUCGCCUGGAUAUUCUGAGGAAGGAGAGAGAAAGAAUUCUGGAAUAUCAAGCAGACCCAGAAAAGGAAAAUGAAGCCCUGCUUAACCAAACCAGAGCAGAGAGGGAACAGACCGUGGCUCAGUUCAGACAACUACGUCAGUUUCUGGAAGAUCAAGAGCAGCUUCUGCUGGCCCAGAUGGACGAGGUGGAGAAGGAGAUUGCCAGGAGAAGGGAGGAGCACCAGGCCAGGCUCUCUGAAGAACUCUCCUCUCUUGAACGUCUUAUCCAGGAGAUGGAGGAGAAGUGUCUGCAGCCAGCAAGUGAACUCCUCCAGCAAUCGUCCUACGGCACCGAAGAGCCCGAUAUCGAGGCUCUCCUUACAGAAAAUGCCUCCAAUAUUGGCAAGCCCGAUACCGACACUUUUGGUACCGAGAGCCUUCUCGAUACCGAGACGGGCAACUCCGUCUUCACCACCGUCCUUAACGCCGCCACGAACGGAGCAAAUACUAGCUUUCCCGACACACAUCGGUACCGAGAUAUGCCACCUCCCGAUACUGACGGCCGUCGGUACCGUCCCUUAUCUCCUUACGGAUACAUCCGGGAUCGUUCACCGACUUCAAUUCAUUCGAGUCAAUACUACGACUACGGGGGCCACCCCCACACACCGAACAGGAGAGACAAUUUCCCGCCCUCCACCCGCGGAAGAUGCUGCCUCGAUGCCGCCACCACCGCAGCCCUCGGUACCGAGGCCUCCACCGCAACCGGCGCAAACUACGGCACCGACUACGUCGGACUGUCACAAGAAGCACGCACCCGGAUAGAGGACCUCCCUUUUGACGGGGAAGGACUCUUCCACUCCUCCACGGAUGAGUCCAUGGAGAGCAUCCAAAAAGCCAAAAACACAGCUAAGAAAAUGGGGAUUGGUCAGCAGCAACAACAGCUUCAGAGACCAUUCCACCAGAGGCGCUGGCCGAGAACGCAGCAGCAGUUCCAACCAAGGCAACAGCAAUUCCAACUGCAAGACCGUCCCACUACGUACCAACCCCAAGGCCAGGACAAUAUUCUGGCAGAUGACCUCAGCCGCACCUUUGUGGACACACACGAGUGGCAGAUGAAAGACUCUGUUCUCGACAUGAUCUUUCUGGCAUGGGGACAGCCUCUCUACCAGACCUCUGUAAAGCGGCUACCUGCAAAUGUCACUCUUGAUCCAGACACAGCUCAUCCCAGCCUCAUCCUGUCCGAGGACCAUAAAAGUGUGAGAUGGAGAGAUGAACGGCAAGAUCUGCCCAACAAUCCUGAGAGAUUUGACCAACAUGCUUUUGUCCUGGGACGUGAGGGAUUCACGGCAGGCAGACAUUUCUGGGAAGUCAGUGUGGGAAGUGAGGAAGACUGGGCUGUGGGGGUCGCCAGAAAGUCUGUGGGGAGAAAAGGCUCAGUUGGACUUGGUCCUGAGGAAGGGACCUGGGUUGUGAGGUAUUAUGGAGGUAAAUACUGGGCUUCCAACCCCCCUGAUUACCCUCUUCUGUCCCUGAGUGGGGAGCUGAAGAGGAUCCGGGUGUCUCUGAACUCUGCUGGGGGACGGGUGUCCUUUUACGAUGCUGACAGGGGGACCCUCCUCCACGCGUUCUCUGGAGCCUCCUUUGCAGGAGAGACAAUUAUGCCCUUCUUUUAUGUAUAUGAAAAGGGCCACCUCAGCAUCUCUCCUUAA